CUUGCACAGUCCUCAGCGCUGCAGCCUUUACUGUGGGCGUUUUUCCACAAUCUUGACUCCUCAAUUUUUGGGUGUUGCCCCUCUGAUUUACAAGUUUUUAAGUUUCGCGUAGGCAUCUCAGAAGAACUAUAGGCAAGUGCGGCACUUUCCGCUCGAGAUAUAUCCAAAAUAUCUCGAAAACAUCGAGGCCUCUGAACUUUGUUCACGCUGUACUUUUGAGGCGACAGAGGAGCGGUCCCUUAGCCGCCUUUAGCUAACUGUGGCUAAUUGACGAAAGCUGCGAUAAAGCCGACGAAAGAGCCGUCCAAUGCAGGCCAUUAAGUGUGUGGUUGUGGGGGACGGGGCUGUGGGUAAGACCUGCCUACUCAUCAGCUACACGACCAAUGCAUUCCCUGGAGAGUACAUCCCCACAGUCUUUGACAACUACUCUGCUAAUGUUAUGGUUGAUGGCAAACCCGUGAAUCUUGGCCUUUGGGAUACAGCUGGACAGGAGGACUACGACAGGCUUAGGCCAUUGUCUUACCCACAAACGGAUGUGUUCCUCAUUUGCUUUUCUGUCGUGAGUCCUGCCUCCUUUGAAAACGUCCGUGCCAAGUGGUAUCCUGAAGUAAGACACCACUGUCCUAACACUCCAAUCAUUUUGGUGGGCACCAAACUGGAUCUAAGAGAUGACAAGGACACAAUCGAUAAGCUUAAGGAAAAGAAACUCAUCCCAAUCACCUAUCCCCAGGGCUUGGCUAUGGCGAAAGAAAUAACUGCAGUCAAGUACCUGGAAUGCUCAGCUUUGACCCAACGUGGCCUUAAGACAGUGUUUGAUGAAGCCAUCAGGGCAGUCCUUUGCCCUCCACCCAUGAAGAAGAAGAGGAGAAAGUGCCUUUUAUUGUAAUGGAGAAUUGCAGGGAGUAUGCUACACAAUUGCAGUCAAACUUGCCUAUUAAGAGGGAAGACAUAACUCCCACUGUUUCAGUUCACACUUGGUGUCCUUGCUUACAUAGUGGUAGAUUAGACUUCAUUUGAAAGAGCUCCACAGAUCUGAGCAUUCGCACUAAAGGAUUGCUUAUGUCUGUCUUGUUCUUUCAGACAACUGUAAUAAAGUGACUUUUCAUAAGGCCUGGUGAAAAUUAUGGUGUGUAAAUGAUUUAGAGGUUAAUGCAGGAAAAAGAGGGAGAACAAACAAAUAAAAAAUCAGAAAAGUUACAAAUUUGAAAUUACUUAAAAAUUACUAAGGGGAUCCUUUGAUGUACUUAAAAGUCCUUGACACUAAGAAAUUCCUGCUGCCUUGAAGACAUUUUACUAAUGAAACAUGUUUUGUUUUUAUUAUUUUGUUGUAGGAAAAUAUAAUUUCUCCUCUUUUUGGUUGUCAGUCUCUAAUCUAUGGCUGAUGAUUUGUUUACAUUUCUCACUCGACUAGACUGAUGUACUGCCAAAACUCAGUCAGCGGUCACCACACUGUAGUAACCAUGGGAAACACUAAUGUGUUUAAUAGUUUUAAUCUUCUGUCAUCAAGUGAGUUUAACCAUUUGUAAAAAUAUGUAUUCUUAAAAAUUACUAAUAAGAAGUGUUGUAGCCACUGCUUUGAUUAUGGCCAUUAUUAUCUCUGUGCCCAUUGUCAUGUUAUUCUACUGUAUGUUAAGAGAACUGACACAAUUUAAAAGUGAGGUGUAUCUGUCGUACGCCUCGUCGGAUUUUGUAUGCCGGUUUUAGUCUUGGAGCUUGUGUAGAAAGCAUUUUAAACCAUCACGUUGCUGAAUUGUAACCUGUCAUUUUGAUCCCAUCUAUUACUGUAUUCUUCCAGUCUGUGAACCAUGUGUAUUAGCACCCAAUGUUAACCCCUUCAUGUGCGAUACAACCUCUGCAGUCCAGAUCGAUGAACGUUUUUUGAGAAGAGCAAUGAUCAAAGUUAGUGGGUGCUCUGGGGAGCUGCUGUACAUCCAAAUUCAUUUUAACAGUGUUUCACACUCUGUUUUACUCUUGCUACACCUGGUUUUAUUUUCACAUAGUAUAAUGCAGAAAUUUCUUUUUAAGUAAAUAAAAUCUUUGAAAUUCUA